CGGCGUUGAGGCGGCGGUGCGUGCCAAGAAGUCUCUCAACGGGGCCGACAUCUAUUCCGGAUGCUGCACCCUCAAGAUCGAGUACGCCAAGCCUACAAGACUGAACGUCUACAAGAACGACAACGACAGCUGGGACUACACCAACCCCAACCUUGGGAAGAGUGGAAGUGAGCGUCCAGCCCUUCUCGGAGAGCCUCGUGGCUUUGGAAACUACAGAGAUGGCAGGGGCCCUGCCUCUGGUCCCGGCUAUGGCCCCGACCGUGGAGACUAUGACUACGGUCCCAGGGGAGGACAGUACAACAGUCCUGGCGGUGGCUACAACGACGGCUAUGGUGGACCCCCCAACGGGCCCCCCCAGGAUCGCUACGGUGGUCCGCCGCAUGAUGGGCGUGACGGCCCAAACUAUGGCAUGGGUGGAGCCAACGCAUCCCCGCAGGCUGCCGGACCUCACCAGGGCUCUGUGCUGAUGGUGUAUGGGCUCAACUCUGAGAAGAUGAACGCUGAGAAGCUCUUCAACUUGCUGUGCCUCUAUGGGAACGUUGUCAGAAUAAAGUUUCUGAAGAGCAAGGACGGCUGCGCCAUGGUCCAGAUGGGCGACCCCUUGGCCGUGGAGCGGGCUGUCGGACACCUGAACAAUGCGCAGUUCUUCGACACCAAGAUGCAGCUGGGCUACUCCAAGCAGGCUUUCCUCAACGACGUGCAGCUGCCCUUCGAGCUGCCCGAUGGCACGCCGUCCUUCAAGGACUUCAUGGGCAACCGCAACAACCGCUUUACCAACCCGGAGGCAGCUUCGAAGAACCGCAUUCAGCCGCCCUCGCGCGUCCUCCACUUCUUCAACACGCCUUUCGGCAUCACCGAUGAGGACCUCAAGAAGCUGUUCGAGGACCUGGGUUGCCCAGUGCCAACAACAAUCAAGAUGUUCACAUCAAAGACGGAACGCAGCAGCUCGGGUCUGAUGGAGUUUGAGACAGUAUCUGAAGCCAUCGAAGCAUUAAUCAUGUCCAACCACACUCCAAUCAACAACCCCAACGGCAAGUUCCCUUACAUUCUCAAGCUGUGCUUCUCGUCAUCGGGGCCGAGGUACUGAAGAGCUGGUCGGCCGCUGCAGCUUCGAAGAGCCGCCCUAUCUACUGUCCUUGCGGCUGGGGCUCAGACAUCGUCACAAUUGCUUCUUCUUCAACACGAGAGACAACAUGGUGGGAAGGGCAGACACUUUAAACAGAAUGACAACUCAAAAUACAUCACAGAAGACUUGGAAAAAAAAAUAAAAAAAGACACAACACAUGCUCCAGAAACUCUGCCACAACUACUACUAUCACUACAAGAAUAAAAACGCAGCCAACAAAGACAAGACACAAUUUGCAAAUUACAUUUUUCACACUUUAUUGUUCUUCGUGUGUAUAGAAAGUGACAAAAACAAAGCAUACAGACGAGUAAUGAAACAAAGUGAAGCUAGAAAAACUCAGUGCUGAUGCAAGAAUCGUGUGUGCAGUUUUGGUUGGUUUCUGUCGUUCUUUUAUGGAGUUUGCAGUGGUACUCUCGGAAGCUGGCAAAAAGAAAGUAUGUGACGUGUAUUCUUAAACUCUGCGUUAGUUAAGACUAGAAAUCAAUAUCUUCCUCAUCACAUUCAAAGUCUAUUUCUAAAAUAAAAUAAACCUCUUUUUAAAAAAGGCUUGCGACAGCCCAACUGCGAGUCGAAAAGACGAUGUUGGGCACAGUUGAGCAUUUGCACUGCAUUGUAUAUGCUGUACAGCACGAUGUACAGCAUAGCACAGGGCCUACCUAUGCUGUCAUGUGCCAGCAUGUGGGAAUUACACGUCGCUAUCCUCGGCCUUCUUGCAAGUAGUGGCUCCUUGCUUGCAAGAUCCUCUGGAACCUCUGUUACAGAAAAGCUUUUUUUAAACCAUACUGUGAACUAUAUGGGCAAGAGACAUACACCUUGUUUUGUAUAUCCAAUCGUGUGGUAUGCUUGCUUUGAGUAGCAGGGCUGGAACGUCCUGAGUCUACAAAAAAUCGUGUGUAGUCUUUCCUGUCAUGUGCCUAUGUUGUAUGGUUCCAUACGUUAUUUCCACCGUGUGGCUCUUGAGGCGAGAUGUGUGUUGUUGAUGAAAUGCUUAAUUUUAGACUAACAUCUCAUGCUCAACAUUUCAAAGAGGCACCGGUUGUGUCGGUUCCUUGACAAAUUUUGAAAUCUGCAUAAUCUUUCUUCGUCUGUAAUUUUAUCAAUCUGUUAUCGUGAACGAAUUUGUCAAGUAGCAUUGGUAGACAGCGAAACCAGCCCAAUUGUAGGUUUCUCUUUUGACUUCGAGACAUUGUUAAAAGACUUGUUUUGUCUUUUUUGACCCAAUGCCGUAACUGGCAAGUAAAUCGGCGAUAUUGCUGGAACUAAAUAUGCAUUGAGUUGGCAAGUGAUGUGCGUUGCUGUAGGUGUGACUGGAGCGCAGUGAGCGUUUUUUUUCCUUAAUCACAAUGAAUAGACAGCACAUGCGCACUUGUUGCUUUAGAGUAGCAAAACACUUCAGAACCGCUCAAGCUUGUUACAAAGGAAGUAUGCGUGUAUCAAUAUAGAAGGCCAGCAGCAUGCAACUCUCUGAAUGUUUCAUUCCAUCAUCUGGUAAGGGUACAACCAAAGCGGCAGGCAUGCUUAUCGUUGAGUUCCGUGAUUGGGUUUUGUAGGCUGUCCAUUUCACUUCGUUGUUCUGCUCAAAUUACUUUCGCCGACUGACGAUGCCCGAUGGGGGUGCAGUUUUCUCACUCUGAGGGAUGGGUAUUGGCAGGCUCUCUUAUCAAGCUAUUGCGGUAUUCACUAACGAGCUGCAUCUCAUUAGAGUAAAGAAAUUUUGCACUAUCUCUUAAUGGCACAUAUUGUAAAAAAAAACGUUCUCAAUAAAGAGCACACAAAAUUUUUAUGUUGCUGUACAUCAUACAAGGUCCUUUGGUCAUAUUUAUGAGAGGUCGAUUACCAUCUUGCAUCAACAUUGAUAUACCUUGGCAAUUGCUAUAGACAGUACAAUCACUGACAGAUGAGCAUGUGUGUGCUUGAAACUGGAACACUAUGAAGCCACAGCUUUAGUUCGCCAAGAAAAAGCCGCCUCUACUUGAGUCCCCGAGCCGAAUGGCAAACUCUGCUAAGGGCAGUUUAACCAGAGACAAGCAAAUAGCAUCGGAGCACGUACUUUUUCUUUCGUGUUUUUGAAGUACAUUGCAUCGCAGUGGUGAUUUACUGGCCUUCUCGUUCUUUUUUAGCUCUGCUGGUGUCCUCUUCCUCCCUGUGUGUUCUCGUUGAUUGUGGCAUUCAAGUCUUUUUCGAUAAAAAGCGGCACUCUUCUUGUGUACUCCACCUCUUCCCCUCAUGUUUUAUCCCCUCCUGUGUCCCAUGGCUUCCAAAGAGAGUAGUAGUGUCACUUUGUGCGUACUGCACCACCUUCAUUUUUUCUGUCCAACGGGUGUGUGUGUGUAUGGGAGCAUUGAAAAUCACUUUCUCCUCUUUCUAUUUUUCAUUUUGUAGCCAUUUGUGUGCAUGUGUUUGCAUCUGUCCGUCACUUUUCUCGUUUUUUUUUCUCUAGUUACAUAAGUGGCCUUUUCUCGUUCAAAGUAAGAAAAAAAUUUAAUUCUUUUAUUUAGUUUAAGGGUCGCAGGAUAUUUUUUCAUUGUCAUCGAAGAACAAGCAGUUUUAUUUCUCGCUCUGUUGUGCAUGUGCAUCAGUGUCACUACGCUUAAUGUAUCUGGUGGUCUUUACUGAAUAAAAAGAAAUGUGACGAUUAA